GACCUUGUGCAGUGUGUGUGAGUGUGUAGCAGUGUGUAUGUGUGUGGAGAAACGGCAGUGUUUAGUAGACGUGCACUGUUCCUGGCUUCACGCGCUCUCGGUUCCAAGGCGGCGGAGCGUCUCGCGCAGCUUUGAGCAGGGAAAUUAAACACCGUUGACCGGAGUGUGUGUGUUUCUACCACAGAGACAGAAAUGAGUUGGGGAACGGAUCUUUGGGACCAGUUUGAGAACCUCGACAAGCACACUCAGUGGGGCAUCGACUUCCUGGAGCGCUAUGCAAAGUUUGUGAAGGAACGGCUGGAGAUAGAGCAAAACUAUGCAAAACAGUUGAGGAGCCUGGUGAAGAAGUACUGCCCUAAGCGCGCCAAAGAUGAUGAGCCCAGAUUUACGACAUGCCUGUCAUUCUACUCCAUCUUGAACGAGCUGAACGACUACGCGGGUCAGCGAGAGGUCGUUGCCGAGGAGAUGGGCCACAGGGUGUAUGGCGAGCUGAUGAGAUACUCACAGGACCUGAAAGCUGAGAGGAAACAUCACCUCCAGGAGGGACGGAAGACCCAGCAGUAUUUGGAGCAAUGCUUCAAACAGAUGGACAAUAGCAAGAAGAAGUUUGAACGCGAGUGCCGAGAAGCAGAGAAGUCCCAGAUUCUCUUUGAGAGGUUAGACAACGACAUCAAUGCCACGAAGUCCGAGGUGGAAAAGGCCAAGUCCCAGCUGUAUAUGAGAACCCACAUGGCAGAUGAGAGUAAGAAUGAGUAUGCAGCUCAGCUGCAAAACUUCAACGCAGAACAGUGGAAGCACUUCCAUGUGGCCAUCCCACAGAUCUUCAAGAAUCUGCAGGACAUGGAUGAGCGCCGGACGGUGAAACUGGGAGAGACGUACCGGAGCUUUGCCGAGGUGGAGAGGAAAGUCAUCCCGAUCAUUUCCAAGUGCUUAGAGGGCAUGGUGAUCGCCGCCAAAAACGUCGAUGAGCGCAAGGACACAUUAAUCGUGGUGGAGUCAUUUAAGUCUGGGUUCGAGCCACCGACUGACUUUCCCUUCGAGGACUUCAGUCAGAACAUCCAGCGCACAGGGUCAGACGGCACCAUCGGCACUCCUAAAAACGACCCAGGCAAACCUGACCCCAAACACGCGUUAGGAAAAACCAAGAACAAACUCUGGUUGUUUGGGAAAAAGCCCAAGGCUCCAAACCUCGAGGAUCUCAGCCACCUGCCUCCAGAACAGAGACGCAAGAAACUUCAACAGAGGAUUGACGAGCUCAGCAGAGAACUGCAGAAAGAAAUGGACCAAAGAGAUGCAUUAAAUAAAAUGAAGGACGUCUAUGAGAAGAAUCCUCAGAUGGGUGACCCGGGGAGUCUCCAGCCCAAGAUCUCUGAGACCAUAUGCAACAUGGAGAAGCUGCGCUCUGAGAUACACAAAAAUGAGACAUGGCUGGCAGAAGUGGAGGGGAAACAGAGUUCCCGUAGCGAACGGAGGUCCAGUUCAGAUGUGAAUCAUCACGCACCGCAUGGCAGAGAGAGUCCUGAAGGCAGUUACACAGAUGAUCCCAACCAGGAGCACCGGGCCCCCCGUCAACCCGACCAGCACGAGUUUGACGAUGAAUUUGAAGAUGAUGAUCCCCUUCCUGCAAUCGGCCACUGCAAAGCACUCUACUCUUUUGAUGGCACUAAUGAGGGCACGUUGGUGAUGAAGGAGGAUGAGGUGCUGUAUGUUAUCGAGGAGGAUAAAGGUGAUGGCUGGACGCGAGCUCGUAAGCAGAGUGGCGAGGAGGGCUACGUUCCUACCUCCUACGUGGAGAUCACGCUGGAGAAGCACAGCAAAGGUGCGGUCACCUAUAUUUGAGCUGAUGUGAAGCAUGGUCGCCCAGCCAUGCUUGUCAUGUUGACUCUUGGCAUCGGCAGCUCCAUAGCCUGCAUCACACCCUGUUCACUGUGUGAGCCUAUGGACAAACACACAAAUAUACACACACUGGGUAAAGUAACCCUGACGUUGUAUACUUCAGUGGCAGGUUACUUUCCUUUUCACAUUUCAGAUUUUAUUCGCCGUUCUCGGUUCUGAAUAGAAGUUUUCCACUCGGACUAUUAUCUUUGUCAGUCCUAUAAAGUGACCUUUUGUCUUAUGCAAUAGGAUAAACAGAUUGCAUCUUAAUGAACAAUACCUUAUUUUCAGUAAGUAUUACUGAUUAAUGUACCUUGAAGUGUUUCAGGUGCCACCUUCCUUGCCAUCUAUGCGCAAGCUCAGGCCUUUAGAAGUUCAAAUCAUUGAGCAACGCGGAUGUUGAGCGCACAAACUUGGAGCGUUUGUAUGGGCUGUAUAACGUACACCAGCUUGACGCAUGUGACUUCUCAGUCCUAUCCUGUGAUUCCUGGCCAAAUUUGUAUAAUCCACUUUUAUGUGCUGCAUCGCUAAACUUCAAAUCGUUAUCCAUCCAUCCAUCUUCUAUACCGCUUAAUCCUUUUCAGGGUCACAGGGAAACCUGGAACCUAUCCCAGGGAGCAUCGGGCACGAGGCGGGGUACACCCUGGACAGGGUGCCAAUCCAUCGCAGGGCACAAUCACAUACGCAUUCACACACCCAUUCAUACACUACGGACACACUGGACAUGCCAGUCAGCCUAUCAUGCAUGUGUUUGGACUGGGGGAGGAAUUCAAAUUGUAAUAUGAUAAAUAAAUUUUUAAAAAAAGCUCAGGAUCUGCAGUAUAUCUGUGUUAGUCUGCACGUAGGCCCUCGGUCCUCUCUGGUCGUGUUUUUUGUGAGUGACGGUGCUUUCUUUCCUCUCUCUGUGGCUACAGGUUCCUGAGUGGAUGAGUGGGGGCUCUGUGGUGUUGGUGGAAGGGACACGCUGCUCUGGGUCUAUUAGUAGGUAGUGCAGGGGCUUUUAGCUGAAAGAGACAGGAACAGAGAGAAGCAAGCAGAUCGCAUGUUUGCAUGCCGUCUCUCGUUUCCAUUAACAUCAUUUCGAUUCAGCAGAAGCUUGUGACAUAGAUGUGGUAGAAGAUUUGGGGGAGAGGGAUGGAAUAGGGUGGGGGUGUAAAGUGAGGAAUCAGCUGCAUGGUAGAAAAGAGUAGGAAACCCAAAGAGCUGAUCUAAUCUGAUGCAUUUAUCCUAGACUGUGCCUGACCCUAACAUUUCGCCUUGUUGCACUCCUCCAUUCCAGCGCUGUCAUAGGGAUCUAUUUUUUUCCUAUGUCAUCCCUUUUUGCUUGCCUUAACAUGCAUGACGUGAACAUGUCACUCCCUCUCUCAGGGCUGAGCCGUCAGCUCGUGGUAGGAUGUAACCACUUCUAAUCCUUCAUCACCCCAUUUCUGUGAUGUCUUUUUAUAUCAUUAUUGCAUUUUUGAAAUUUUUUUUUUUACCCCCCAUUUUGACUGUAUCCAUCAACAAUAACACAUCCAUCAUGAAUGCUAAGUAUAGCACGAAUGAACCAGAGUAGACACAGGACAGGACCACAGCAGCCCUAUCACCAAUCACCAACGUAAUUAUAACCAACUGGUAGUUCUCACUCAGUGUGUGCUGUGGAUCAAAAAUACCACCUUGGACCAAUAGAGGGUGACUCAUCAUCAUAUAAAACGCACCAAAGCCUGGAUGUGCGAGAAAUGCAGCGGACACUCCAACCUUCCUUCCAGCCAAUCCUACACCUUUUAUUCUCCCUUCCAGCUCUCAAUAUCCUGCUUGAGGAACCCGGUUUUUCAAAUAAGCCUUCGCAUUAUCCAAAAGUGUCUGCGUUAUUCCUUCCGUGUGUACGUUUGUGAAUGUGUCAUGCAUAUCUUAAAACAAUGUGUACGCAUACGAAUAUAUCUGUGCAUACAGUAUGUAUAUACCUAGUUAGGUUUUAUUACUGAUUUGUAAGUAUUAACAACUUUUAUUUCAUACUGAAUGUGUUUUUACCAUGUCUUUUUUAUAGGGUUUUUUAAUCGUGCGAAUGAUUUUUUCGCUUCUUCGACUCGUGCUGUUUUCUCUUUGUAAUCAGUGCUUCUUUUAGAGUCUGAACACUAUACUUGCAUAGGACCCUGAUCUUAACCGAUGCACUUUUGACCCUAUUUCAUUUAAAUUCGAAUUGAACGGAUGAAUGAUGUUGGCUGUGACUGCUACUUUUUUGUAUAAAUAUAUUGUACAGUAAGACAACAGUGACCACUGUCUACUGGGGUGUUUGAUCAAGAGUGAGAGCAAAAAGGAAAUAAAUGCUGAAGUCCCUUUGUCUCA